UGUGUUCAAAGCAUGAAACGUGUUUAUAACCUACAAAUAUAAUUUUCACUUUUUACAGUAAUUUUCUCAAAUUUUCUACAAUUAGAUUUUAAUUAAUUGUGACUUUCAAUGUAUUUAAUUUUGUGUAUGUGAGAGAUCUUAUCAAUACCAUUUAAUUUACUUGUGAAUCGAGGUUAUGUGCAAAAAAUAAGUUCCGCGUUUUUUACCAAAUUUAAGAUAUAUUUUUGUGUGCAAAUUCCAUCAUUUGAAUGAGCUUGGAUACUAUAACAAAAAUGCGGGAAUUGAAAUUGAAAUCUGAAGACCCCAAACCAAAUUGUACCCCAUACGAAGAUUCUGAUAUCUGCCGGAAGGAUGAAAUUGACACCUUAUUCCAAAAAUGUGAAUCCCUUCUUGAGCCACCGAUCGCAAUAGAUAAUGAAUACAUUUUGCACAUUGCGGGAACUUUAGAAACAAAUCCAAACGUGGCUAUAAGCCUAUCAAAUAAUACCUGUGAAGUCUACAAUUUAAGCAACAAUCAAGUAGAUAAAUUAGCAGUUUUGGCUGAACACACUGACGUAAUUACCGAAAUUAAGUUUAGUACUGAAAAUAGUAACUUACUUUAUUCAGGAUCAUGUGAUGGAACUGUAAGGCUUUGGGAUAUUAGAGCACCAAAAAGAAGCUCUGUUCAAUUUAAAGACACUACUGUUAUGGAUGUAAAAAAUAAAUCGUUUAAUUGUUUUGAUAUUUCACCAAAUAAUAAAUUGCUAGCAGCAGGAACAAAUUUGUUUGAAGGUGAUUCUUUCAUUUUAUUUUGGGAUGUUAGAAAAAAUUCGCUCCUGGGGGGCUAUUGGGUAUCACAUACUGAUGAUAUAACACAGCUCAAAUUUCACCCAGAUGAUUCAAACAAAUUAAUAUCCGGAUCAGUGGAUGGCUUAAUUAAUUUAUAUGAUCUUUCACAACGCUGUGAGGAGGAUGCAUUGCUAGAUUCAUUAAAUACUGUGUCAUCAAUUGAAAAACUGAGUUGGUUGCGACAAGGAAGGACUGACAUCAUUAGUUGUGUAACUCACACAGCUGAUGUGCAGUUUUGGAAAAUAGAAGACUCCCAACCAUAUUAUCAUUUUCAUAGACAUGAAAUUGCUAAAGAAAUUCAAAGGAAAUCUGAAGGACACAUUUACGUUGUAGACGUACAUGGUGGAUUUAAUAAAAUGUUGGUAUUGGCGGGAUCUAAUUCCGGUGAUGGAGAAUGUAUUAGAGGAUUAUCGGUAGUUGGUAACACUGUAACUCCUGCUCUGGGAUUCCCAUCAAAUAAACAGCGAGUUCGUUGCAGCUGGUCAAAUCUGAAUUUAAAUUUGCUGUUAACUGGUGGGGAAAAGGGAAUUUUAAAUCUAUGGGAUGUUACCACUGUGAAGUGUGAAAGAAAAUGAUUCGUUUACCACUCUGUCAAUGUAUUAAGGUAGGAAGAUACUUCUUCUAAACGAAAAGAGUAAAAAUAAAUCGAGCUUUUUAAACAUUUAAUUU